CCUUGGCAACCUUGGCUGUUUGGCGUUACUCCACAAACAAAUCCCUGAACGUCUAUUAAGAACGGCUGAAUUUCCCCUAAAAUCUCGGCCAUGAUCAUCCACGUGCGAGACACAGACGGGACAAUGAGUUCUGUUGAAGCACAACCGACGGACACAAUCCACACGCUCAGGGUGAAGAUAAUGUUAGAAGGCAUUCAGCUAAGUGACUAUCGGGUACUCGCGUUUAACGGCGAGCGUUUGAGGGACAGGAAAGCAACGAUCUCUAGCUACGGCAUCAACAACGAAGACUGCGUGGAUGUGAAAAGUGUUUGGGUGGCCCAAGCUAUGACUGGGUUUUACGUUAACGUUGUCCAGCCGGAAGGGGAGGUUAUCAGGGUCGUGGCGGACGAAGCGGUGCCCGUGAUAGAGAUCAAGCACGAAGUGGCACGGGUAGCGGGUGUGGAGGCGAGGAAGCAGCAGCUGAAGGCGGGUGGCGAAGUCAUGAAGGACGAGAAGAUGCUGAGAGACUAUGGCAUCACCAAGGAUGCUGUUGUGUGGAUGGACAAAAGAAGGGAAGGAGCAGGAGACGACAGCCUGAAGACUGUGCUGUUCUUUGUUUCCUUUCUGGUGUUAGUUCCUGUCAGUUCGUGGCUGGUCUAUAAACUUUGGGAUGAAAUUCCUUAAAGCCAGUUUGCCAUUCUCCCCCCCCCCCACUCUCUCUACAUCUAUGUGCGCAGAUAAGUCAUUUCCCGAUGUAAAUCAAAACGAAAAAUGAAAAAAAAGAGAUCUGCCAUGAACAUAAUGAAUGAUUUGAAAUGGACAUGCAUACACAUGAUGCACAGUGAAUAAGAUAUUUCAUUAUGACAAACUCUCGUAUAGCAAUAUGAUAAUAAUAACACAAAAGAAAAUCAGGAAACAGUGUGGCAUUUUACAACUAUUUCAGGAUUUUCUCACUUCUAAAUAUUCAAGACUGUUCUAUUACAUACUAAUUUAUACACAACUGACAUCCAGCCACGAUGUCUAAGAAGGGGUGCCACAAAACAGAAUCAAAUGUAUACUUAAACCACCAAAGAAUAUGAACAAAUCAGCAACACACCUACAAACGAUUAUUUCUUCGAAUUUGAUAUCCUAAAUGUUAAUGAAAUCACAUAUGUGCCUUAUAUGUUCAUAAAUGCUUACUCAGCCGAGAUAAUGCAGUGUCCAGGCGUGGGACAGCUUACCAAAAUCUUUACAAGAGACCAUAACUAAUAAAUUCAAAUAUCUCCUUAAAAAAAAAAAAAAAAAAAAAAAAAAAAAAAAAAAAAAAAAAAAAAUCGAUAAUCAAUCUGUCACCUGAACUUAUACUAAAUUCUCAACUUAUACUAAACUUAUACUAAAUUCGCCACAUACUUCACGGUUCUGCCAUGUAAUCAAUAUCAUUAUAGUGAUGAAUAACAACGCAUGUUUCCCUAAUAUAAAACAUAUGUAAGCACAGAUACCUCUCCAAUACCAAUAUAUAAAGCACUACGGAAUAUUCAAUAAUAUUACUUAUAUCUGUGAUUCUUUCCUCCUUAUAUGAGGAUACGUGUGUAUGUACUGAGCUUUCACAACCUUGUCUCGUUAGCGUAUGCUGUAUUACAAUGCAGUGUAUUUUAUACUGCUUGCAACGUACAAGUAACAGUACACUGUGUUCGUAUACUAUAAGAAGGUAUUUAUUCUCUGUAUUCAUUAUUCAUCUUCGUUAGUAUUUCUAUUCCUGUUAUGCAUUUCAAACCAGUGUUUAUAGCCAUAUCACUUACAUAUUGCUAUGACAUGUUUCCUCCUUUCCCUCCCACCCUCCACCUUCCUCCUUUCCCUCCCACCCUCCACCUCGUAUUACCUUCUAUUCCCCCUCAUUUUCACUUCACUUUCCCUACCACUCUCUCUCCUCCUUCCCCUCCCCCCUUCCCCCGGAUGUUAUUAUCAUGAAUCUCCACCAGUGGUUUCUUUCCGGAGAAUCUAGUCGACUGUCAAAGGCUCAGCCGAUCCAGUGUAUCUCUGCAUGUGUAAUUGCCAUUUGACUAAAUACACGUUGGAAUCUAAAUCUCUGUUAACCCAUGUAAAGUGCUUUUUUUAUAUGUUGUGGUAUUGUACUGGCUUUUACUUUUGAUCAAACUGCAACCUUUAAAACAAAGUGCGUUGCUGUACCAAAAGGCCUUGUUUUUUUUUAUCUGCUUAGAGUGAAUUCAGAACAGUGAGUGAGUCAAUGUUUUUGGAAAGUUUUGAAGUAAAUCGAAGCUCAAGUACAGUUUCAGGGGAAUUGUGAAAAAAAAGUAAAUUUAAGAGAAAAGCAUAUUUAUUUGGAUCAAGAAAUAUACAGAUGGCCAGCUAAUAUCGUCAAAAAAAAAAAAAAAA